AUGUCAGGUGCUAGAGAACAGGUUUUCCCUACGCGUAUGACACUUGGUCUUAUGAAGACCAAGCUUAAAGGUGCAAACCAGGGCCAUUCACUGUUGAAGAGAAAGUCAGAAGCAUUGACCAAAAGAUUUCGUGAUAUUACUAGGAGAAUUGAUGAUGCUAAGCAGAAGAUGGGACGUGUUAUGCAGACAGCAGCAUUUUCUUUAGCAGAGGUUUCUUACGCAACUGGUGAAAACAUUGGGUAUCAAGUGCAAGAGAGUGUUUCUAAUGCAAGAUUUAGGGUUAAGGCGCGUCAGGAGAAUGUUAGUGGUGUUUAUUUACCACAGUUUGAAUCCUAUAUUGAUCCUAACAUCAAUGAUUUUAAAUUGACCGGUUUAGGUCGUGGUGGUCAACAGGUGCAGAGGGCUAAGGUGAUUUAUUCAAAAGCUGUAGAGACCUUAGUCGAAUUGGCAUCUUUACAAACUGCAUUUGUCAUUUUAGAUGAAGUGAUUAAGGUUACUAACAGGAGAGUUAAUGCCAUUGAGCAUGUUAUCAUUCCCAGAACUGAAAAUACCAUUGCUUAUAUCAACAGUGAAUUGGAUGAACUAGAUAGGGAAGAGUUUUAUAGAUUGAAGAAGGUUCAAGAGAAAAAACAAGAAGAAACUGCUCGACUAGAUGCGGAAUUGGUAGAAUUGAGAAAGAAUCAGGAACAGGCUGAGCAGGAACAACCUAAAGAAACGGAGCCAGAGGGAAAUGAUAAGAAGGAAACCAAACAAGAACCCUCUAAUGGUGAGGAUGCUGUUCCAGAUUUGGUAACACAACAUGAGGAUGAUGUGAUAUUUUAG